AUGGCCGCGCUUGAGCGUUGCAGUCACAGGCAGCCUGCUUCUGCGAAGUGGUACGACCGAAGGGACUAUGUCUUUAUUGAGUUUUGUGUUGAAGACAGUAAAGAUGUUAAUGUAAAUUUUGAAAAAUCCAAACUUACAUUCAGUUGUCUUGGAGGAAGUGAUAACUUUAAACAUUUAAAUGAAAUUGACCUUUUUAAUAAUAUUGAUCCAAAUGAAUCAAAGCAUAAAAGAACAGACAGAUCUAUCUUGUGUUGUUUACGAAAAGGAGAAUCUGGUCAGGCAUGGCCAAGGUUAACAAAAGAGAGGGCAAAGCUCAACUGGCUCAGCGUGGACUUCAACAACUGGAAAGACUGGGAAGAUGAUUCAGAUGAAGACAUGUCCAAUUUUGAUCGCUUUUCUGAGAUGAUGAACAACAUGGGUGGAGAUGACGACGUAGACUUGCCAGAAGUAGAUGGGGCAGAUGAUGACUCACCAGACAGUGAUGAUGAAAAAAUGCCAGAUCUGGAGUAAGGAAAACUGUCGUCUUCAGGGUUUUGGGGAAAGAACUUCAUCACAACAUUUCAUAAUUGAGAUAAGAAUUCCUGAGUUGAUAGCCCUAAAGGGAGAUCCUGCAUCCUUUAACCCAUUUUCAGUCCAUUUUAAAUGGCUUCACUGAUGGUAGGUGUGUACCAUUGCACGGGGCGGUCUUAAGCCACGAGAGGCAAUAACGUUAUGCAUGAACCGUUUUUCCAGACUUCCAAAAAAAAAAAAAAACCAACCCAAUUGAGGUGUAGGCAAUCGAUACAGAACAGUUGCAAUAAAGUUUACAGAGCCUC